AUUCGCUGCAGGGAUCUGUCUUGCAAAUGCAGCACACUUCCACUAGAGGUCUCCCUAUCACAAGAAGAAGAAUUGAAAAAAUGUUGCAUAUUUCUGUUAGUCUUCUGGCCUGUCUCCACUUACAUUUUAUUUCACUAGAUGUGCAUAUACUGCAGAUGAUUGUAGCAAUCUGUCUAAUGCAGGGGGUAUUAAGACCUGCCACUGUGCACAUCACUAGAAUAGACCCUGAUACUUUGGGAUCAUAUUCAUUAAUCCACAAACCUGCAUCUGUCCAAAACAUGAGUCCUACUUGAUGCAAAUACACUGACUGCUCCAUCCUGCAUCUAGGGCCCUGACAUUCAUAUCUUGACAAGUCACAGUGGAUUUUGAGCAAGCCCUAAUUUUUAGUUUUAACCAUGCUCUGCUUUUGAUUUUCAGGUUUAAUUAAAAUGUUCUGGUUUUCUUAGCAAAGCGAUGUGGUUUAUAGAAAUAUUAAUAACACAAAUACAAAUAAACACCAUCAGAGAUAUACUCAUUAUCAGCCGCCAUGCUUUGUAUAUCAGGCACUGUGCUGUUUAUUGUUUGAUUUACACUGUUAAGCGUUAUUGACUUUAAACUUGCUUUAAAAGAGUAAAGGCAAAGAGCAGGCAUGUACAGAGAUGAUUCUCCCUAGUCCGAGGGCGACGCGUGGGAGCACAAGGCUACCUUGCUCUACAGACACAACAGCGACCUUGACAGUUGCGUCAUUUUUGGAAACCUGCCUCCAUUUUACCAGCACUGUACAGCAUCUCAAGGCUUUUUGGCAGAUUCAAGUCUAGCCUAAAUAGAUUUACCGUCAUGGUGGAAUGUAUUACAUCCAUUGGUUAACCCUGAUCAAAUGGGUGCUGUGUUAAUCCCACAGGUGUAACACACACCGGAGCACACAGUAUAAAGGAUAAGAUGCGAAAGUUAAGGCUCCUAGCCAGCGGGAGUCAACUGCCCUGCAGGUUUCCUCAUUUUAAUUGAGACAGUGUCUUACAGCAGCCAAUUCCUUUACCUUUUACCACUUUCUUUCCUUUAAUCCAACAAAAGAAACCAGUAACAUUUAAGUAACUGUAAUUAAAUCAACUUGUCCCACAGUUGAUAACGACAAGCUUUUGUUGUGCCUGCAGGUUAAAGACAUGGCAUCGGUUCUGUUUUGCUUUGUGUUGCUGUGCUGGGCAGCUGUGCCGUGUAAUGCCAGCUGUGCCCUGGAGAACAUCACAAUAGGGAUAGAGAAAGAUGGCUGCAGAAACUGUGUGCCUGUCAACACCACCUCCUGUGCCGGGGUGUGCCUUACGCAGGCCGAAGUGUACAAGAGCUCAAUAUCACUCUACACCCAGCUGGUGUGCACCUUCAAAGAGAUCGCUUACGUAACAGUGCAGCUGCCCAACUGCCCCGAACACGUGGACCCUUUCUACACUUACCCCAUGGCACUCAGCUGUCAGUGUGGCCAGUGUGACACGGACUACACUGACUGUGGCACCCUAAGCCUAGGACCCUCCGACUGCAGCAGCCAGGAGAACUAGAACAGAAAAGGCACUGUUAUAUAAUUAGUACCCUGCUAGCCUACCUCCCUCAUGGAGUUUAGAACCCUUCCCUUGAUUUACAGAGUUAUGCUUAAUCAGCUGAAAAACUGGUUUCCAGUUUCAUGAUGAUUUUGUUUGACAGCGCUAUGAAAAUCACAAAUAUCAGGUGUGUGCUGAGUAUCUCUUUUGAUGAUAUAAACAAUGGGUCUGGAUUUCUAUAGUAUACUACUAUAAUAUAGAGUGUUUGGGACAAGUGCUGUAUACUACGCUAGUACAUGAUAAACUAUGGUAAAUGCAUAGUAGAAUCAUGGGAAAGCUGAGGUAGUUAAGAAUGACAACGUUUGACUGGAAAUGUCUUCCCUUUGACAGCUCUUGCAGUUAUUGAGGGUCUUUCCCAUUUGAAAUGUGUAGGGUCUUUUGAGAAGGAUAUGGAUUCAAUCUGUAUUGUUAGUAUUUUUAAACUGCACAU